UGAUAUAAUUGUUUACAUUCAAAAGUCAUAAGAUAUAGGCGCAGACUUUAACUAAGAUUCCAAAUUCCCCACUAUACAGACUGUUUCACACCUUUAUAAAUUUCAUAAUGUCAACAAACAAUAAAUUAGAGGUUUCAUGGCUCUUGAUUCAGCAUAAAGGAUUAUGAUCAAGGGUUUUGUGUAUAAUGCCUGUCUAAUUCAUCAGAGUUCAGAAUUGAAACUUAGAGGCACUUCUCAAAUGGAAAGCCAGCUUUCUGAAUCAAACCGGGAAUAACAAUCUCACCUCGUGGAAACUUGGAAAAUCUAAUUGUGUUGUACUAAGCCUACAACAACCUUUCUGGUUCUAUCCCUUCAGAAAUAGGAAAGAUGAAGUCUCUUGUGCAACUGAGCAUUCAAUCAAACAAUCUUUCUGGUUCAAUUCCGGCAUCCAUAGGUGAUCUGCCAAAUCUUACCCUUCUUUAUCUCUAUUCAAACAAACUUUCUGGCAGUAUUCCUAAUAGGGAACUUGAGAUCUAUGGUGGAUCUACAGUUGAGCCAGAAUCAACUAAAUGGCUCGGUUCCAACUUCCUUGGGUGACUGGGAAAACUUAGUAAGCUUGUUCCUCCGUGAUAACCAACUUUCUGGCUCCAUCCCCCAAGAGAUAGGAAAUCUCACAAAGAUGACAAUUGUGCAAUUUGAUACCAACCGAUUUUCUGCUUAUUUGCCCCAAAACAUUUGCAGAGGUGGAUUGCUUCAAAACUUCACAGCAUACAACAAUGAUUUGAUAGGUCCAAUCCCCGAGAGCUUGAAAAAUUGCCAGAGCUUAUUCAGAGUACGUCUUGAAGGGAACCAAUUGACUGGCAAUGUAUCUCAAGACUUUGAAGUGUAUCCAAAUCUUGAUUAUAUAAAUCUAAGCAACAAUAAGUUAUAUGGUGAAAUCUCACAAAACUGGGGACAAUGCCCACAGUUAACGAGCCUCCUACUUGCGGGUAACAACCUUAUCGGUAGCAUACCACCAGAGCUUAGCAAUGCAACUCAAAUUCAGUUGCUUGAUCUCUCUUCCAAUCAUUUAGUUGGUGUGAUUCCAGAAGAUCUUGGGAGGCUAAGUUUGUUGAAUCUGAAGUUGGGUGAUAAUCAACUUUCUGGUCCUAUACCCUCCACAUUUGCAUCUCUGACUGACCUUGAAUAUAUAGACCUGUCCACCAACAAAAUUAACGAGUCAAUUCCAAGCUUUAUAGGUGACAUGUUGAAACUAAUCUACUUGAAUCUGAGCAACAACAAGUUCAGUCAGGAGAUUCCAUUACAGUUGGGAACUUUUUUCAACUGUCCCAGCUAGAUUUAAGUUGUAACUCACUGGAGGGUAACAUACCAUCACAAAUGAGCAAGCUGCAGAGCUUGGAGGAUCUGAAUCUAUCCCGCAACAAUCUUUCCGGUGUCAUUCCAACAUCUUUUGGUGAAAUGCCUGGCUUGUUGCACAUUGACAUGUCCUACAAUCAGUCGCAGGGCGCCAUCCCUGACAGCAAAGCAUUUCAAAAUGGUUCCUUGGAAGGGAAUAAUGGAUUGUGUGGCAAUGUUGUAGGACUGCAACCCUGCAAUCCUUCUGCAGGAAAUAAAAGUACCUCAAAUAAGGACAGAAAGCUAGUGUUUUUAAUCGUGUUCCCUGUUUUGGGAGUACUUUUACUUGCUUUACUUGGAAUUGCCUUAAUUAGAAGAAGAAGAAAGAAACACCAACACACAGAAGAGAGCUAUGUGCAAAAUGAAGUCUUUGCAAUAGCCCAUUUUGAUGGAAGAAAAAUGUAUGGAGAAAUCAUGGAAGCAACCAACAAUUUUGACACUGCAUGUUGCAUUGGGAAGGGUGGCUAUGGAACUGUCUACAAGGGAAAGCUACCAUCUGGCAGCAUAGUUGCCGUGAAGAAACUCUAUCCAGUACAUGAUAGUGAAGAGGCAUCUCAGAAGGAGUUUUUCAAUGAAAUAAGGGCACUACUGGAGAUACGACACCGAAACAUUGUGAAACUUCUUGGUUUUUGUUCAAAUGUGCAUCACUCCUUGGUGUAUGAGUAUCUAGAAAAGGGAAGCCUCUCUGCAAACUUGAGCAAUGAUUAGAAGCAAAGAAAUUGAACUGGAGUACAAGGGUGAAUAUAGUUAAAGGCGUGGCUCACGCCUUAUCUUAUAUGCAUCAUGAUUGUGUGCUACCUAUUGUGCAUCGAGACACAUCAAGCAGCAACAUUUUGCUCAAUGACGACUGUGAGCCCUGUGUUGCAGACUUUGGCACUGCCAAGCUUUUAAAUCCAGACUCAUCAAAUUGGACAACCCCGGCAGGAACAUAUGGAUAUGUAGCCCCAGAGCUCGCUUUCACUAUGAAGGUAACUGAGAAAUGUGAGUGCUGGCACUGGAAGUCCUAAUGGGGAAGCAUCUGGGUGAUUUGGUCUCCUCAUUUCCGAAUCCUUCAGCAAAUGAAAACAUGUCACUGAUGGAUUUGUUGGACCAACGGCUUCCCCCUCCGACACCUGAUGUUGAGGAUGAACUGAUUACCAUUG